UUUGGUAACUUAUGAGCCUAGAGAGUGGUUGUCGCGUCGUCGUCAUGCUGCUGAUAACGUAAACAAUUUCACGCGCAUAAUAAAUUAAUAGGUAGUAGUGAAAAUAAUAUUUGGUUCCGCCGUCGGAUUUUACGCGGCGUUUUCAGUAUUAAUAUUUUUUUAUUCGAUUCGAAUUAGUUUUUCAAAUUAUUUAUGUGCGUCGUCGCCGGGAGAAAUUUUCGUUCGUCGGCCUCGUAAUGCCGAUUUAGUUGUGAUUUUUUUCUGUUCUUUUGUUGCCCGUUUUUUUUUCACGUAUAUAAUUUUAAGUGUUAGCUUGUAAUUAUUUUCAUAUGUACACAAACGUACACUCUACUAGCCAAAUACCUUAACAAAUGAUAGUUUAAUGACAUGACUAACGAUAAUUGGACUCAUGUUAGCGAUAAAAAGAGAUAUGGAAUCGCCAUUCAUAACUAUCUACAAAUUGGACCAUAUCGAAUCAAGCUGUUGGCCGGUGAAUGUGUACACGUUCUUGAAGAAUGUGCUGAAUGGUACUAUGGAUUUUCAUUUAAAAACAAAUCAACUCACGGGAUAUUUCCAAAAAAAUUUGUACACAUUAUGGAUAAUGUUAUUGAAAAAUUUGGACCAGCCGAGUUGACAGUAUUAAAACAACCGCAGAUUGUGCAUGAACUAACAAGUGUUAUCAGAGAAUGGGGUGCCAUAUGGAAACAACUAUACAUAUCUCACAACUCAAAUUUUAAAAAUGUAGAAAAUAAAAUUUAUGAGUUAAUGAAUUUUAGAAGCAAAAUUUUAUCUGGCACACUUCCGGUAGAUGAGUUAAAAGAAAUACAAAGACUGGCAACAUCUACUAUAGAUGUUGGAAACAAAUUAUUGUUACUGGACAUGGUGGUAAGGGAUGAACAGGGUAAUAUUUUAAAUCCAUUACAUACACCUACUAUUCAGCUAUACAAACACCAUGAAAUUGCCACUGAGCGCAUUCAAAAUUCUCAUGCUGCUGGAAUGUAUAAAAAUGCAACUAAACAAAUCAAUUAUUUGUAUAACUAUACUGUAUAUUUAUCUGUACACAAUUUUAUUUGUAAAAUAAUGGAUGAUGCUGAACUACUAUUUACGUUGUAUGAUGUAAAAAGUGGUAAAUCAUUUUCUGAAAAUUUUGUUGUGCGAUGGGCAACUAGUAAAAUGGACCAAGGAUGGUCUCAGACUGACAUUUUUCAUAAUUUCAGAGCCCUUUUCACAGAUUUAGGAACUAGAGAUUUAGCUCGGGAAAAAGUAUAUUUAGUAUGUUAUAUAAUAAGAAUCGGUGGUAUGGAUAGCGAUAGUAAUAAUAAGAAGAAUGUAGCAACAACUCAAAUUCGCAGACCAUGGGGUGUUGCUGCUAUGGAUUUAACUUUAUAUUUUACUCAAAAAUUGGAAAGCGAUGAAGAUAAACAUCAUUUUAUGCCAUUUUUAUCAUGUGAAAAAGAUAAUCUAGAAAAUACCUUGAAAAGAUACUUGAAUCUCAAAGACUAUUCUCCUAAAGAGCACAAAGGUCAAGGACUAUCCAUAAGUUUUAAAUUACUUCAUGGAGAUAUUAAACAAGUCCGCGAGGAAUACCCUCAUUUAGUUCUAUGUAAUGUUGCUCUAGUAAGAAAAAUGGGAUUUCCAGAAGUAAUAUUACCAGGUGAUGUAAGAAAUAAUUUAUACUUAACAUUGGUAAAUGGUGAAUUUUCUAAAGGAAGUAUGUCAUCGGAUAAAAAUAUUCAAGUUACAGUUACAGCAUGUAAUGAAAAAGGGGUUAAAUUACAAGGUGUAAUUAUGCUGGGUGGCAAUUCAGAACCUCUUUCUGAAUUUAAUUCUGUUGUAUAUUAUCAUGAAGAUAAACCUCGGUGGUAUGAAGUUGUAAAAUUAGCUAUACCUAUAGAGGACUUUAAAGGUAGUCACUUAAAGUUCUUAUUCAAACAUAGAUCAUCCAAUGAAACCAAAGAUAAAAACGAAAAGCCAUUUGCAUUAUCAUUUGUUAAAUUAAUGCAAGAUAAUGGUACUACUUUGAGAGACACAUUACAUGAACUCUUAGUUUAUAAAAUUGAUCAUAAAAAAUUUGAUUCCAUGGACAUAGCUUAUUUAGGUCUUGCUUCUAGAAAAAGUGAGCUAACUGAAAUCAACAAUCGUAUAUCAGUACCAGGUCUAUCUUUAGCUAAUAAAGAUGUGUUUAUAAUACAAUCAAAUAUAUGUUCAACAAAAUUAACCCAAAAUGUUGAUCUCUUGGGUUUGUUAAAUUGGACAAGUCAUCCUGAUAAGCUACAUGAAAGUUUAUCUGCUUUGAUGAAAGUUGAUGGUGAAGAAGUUGUUAAGUUUUUACAAGAUGUUUUAGAUGCAUUAUUCAACAUUCUCAUGCAUAAUUCAGAUUCGGAUCUCUUUGAUAAUAUGGUGUUUGAAUGUUUGUUGUAUAUUAUUGGGUUAGUUUCUGAUAGAAAAUAUCAGCACUUCCAACCAGUUCUAGAUUUAUAUAUCAAAGAAAGUUUUUCCGCUACACUUGCCUAUAAUAAAUUAAUAGUAGUUUUAAAGUGCUAUUUGAGCAAUUUAGACCAUACUAACAAAGAUCUUCUUUUAAAUAUAAUGAAAUCAUUCAAGUAUAUCAUGAAAUUUAUUGCCAGAUCUCGAUUUCUAUUUUCUCAACUGUAUGAAGGUAAAGGACAACAAACUUUUGAAAUAUCAAUGUAUGAAAUGUUGAAAUUAGUAUCAAAUUUAAUGUGUAGUAAUUCUGAUGCAACAUUAUUUUUACAAGGAGCAUGCCUUAAAUAUUUACCACAUUCUAUUCCUGAUAUAAUGACUGUAUUUAGUAAUACACAAUUAAGUUUGUUACUAGUGGAACUUAUAGGUAAUUUGCCUCCAUCAAGACUGGUGAAACAAAAAUUGGUUACCAUGAGUGAUAUAGUUCAUAGUCAACUUUUUUUAAGUGCUGAUUGUCGGUCUAUAUUACUUCCAUCAAUACUUGCUAGAAUUAAAGAACUUCUAGCAUCUUCUGAAGAGGCAAAAACUAGCAUCGAGUUUCGAAACAAAACAAAAUCGGUUGCAAAAAUUGCUAAAGUGCUGGGAGAAAAUGGCCGCAAGUUACUCGACUCUCCUGACAUGAGUGAUCAAGUUGAAAUGUGUGUAAAAUUGUUAGGCGAUAUUAUGGAUCUGUUAUAUGUAGCUGACUCAGGAUCAACAUUCCGUGAUAUAACUGAAAUUAUGCUUACUAUCAUGCGUACAGUGAUUCAAACUACUAUAGCUAUGGACCGAGAAGGACAUCUUUUGGGCUAUCUUGUAUCCAUUAUGAUAUCAAUGUUACGUCAAAUGACCGCCGAACACUUUGACAUUUAUAUCAAACACUUUCCGACCAAAAUUGAUUUAUUAGAUUUCCUUAUGGAAAUUCUACUAGUUUUCAAGGAUCUCAUAUCUCGUCCAGUAUUUCCUAGAGACUGGUGUGAGAUGAUUAUGCUUCAAAACAGUGUGAUACUUAAGUCAUUGAGGUAUUUUUCCCACACUAUUCGUGACUACUUUUUCAUUGAUUUUGAACAACAAGCAUGGAACAAUUUCUUCCAUUGUGCCGUCACUUUCUUGACUCAACCAUCACUUCAGCUAGAACAAUUUUCAUCCAAUAAACGUUGGCGGAUCAUCAGUCGGUAUAAAGAUAUGCGUAGGGAAACUGGAUUUGAGAUUCGUAGCAUGUGGUUUAAUUUAGGACAAUACAAAGUACAUUUCGUACCUAGUCUGGUGGGAUCUUUUCUAGAAAUGACUUUAACACCAGAAAUUGAAUUACGUAAAGCCACUAUACCCAUAUUUUUUGAUAUGAUGCAAUGCGAGUUUUAUUCAUGUUCUGAUGGUCACUCAAAUAAACGAGAUUCUAGUAACAUUAAAGCCAAAUUCAGUGAUUUUGAAAAUGAAAUGAUUGCUAAGCUUGAUCAUUUAGUGGAAGGUGGUAAAGGAGACGAACAGUUCAAAGAACUUUUCAAAUCUAUUAUGUUAAUGCAAUGUGAAAAUCAUUCUACAAUGAGAGAACAAGGUAUUCGUUUUGUUAAAAUAGUCUCUGGUCUUCUGGAGCGUUUACUUGAAUACCGGACAGUUAUAAAUGAUGAAAACAAAGAAAAUAGGAUGAACUGUACUGUAAACUUAUUGAAUUUUUAUAUGGACAUUAAGCGACAAGAAAUGUACAUCAGAUAUGUAAAUAAACUUUGUUCCCUGCAUUUAGAAUGUGAUGAUUUCGCUGAAGCUGCAUACACUCUUAGAUUACAUAGUGAAUUACUUUCAUGGUCAAAUGAUCCAUUACCACCAUUAUUACGCUCUCCAUUGAGGUAUCCUAUAUGUGAUACUCAUAGACAAUUAAAAGAGGCUUUAUACCACGACAUUAUCGAUUAUUUUGAUAAAGGAAAAAUGUGGGAAUGUGCUGUAAGCAUGUGCAAAGAGCUUGUGAGACAAUGUGAAAGUGAGACUUAUGAUUACAUCCAACUUAGUUCAUUACUACAACGGAUGUCAAACUUUUAUGAUAAUAUAAUAAAACAGCUCAGACCUGAACCUGAGUAUUUCAGGGUUGCAUAUUAUGGCAAGGGGUUUCCAUCAUUUUUACAAAACAAAGUCUUUAUAUAUAGAGGCAAAGAAUAUGAGCGCUUAAGUGAUUUCUCAAACCGAACUCUAAAUCAAUUUCCAAACGCAACUUUAAUGCAAAAAUUAUCAAAACCUGGGACAGAAAUUACUGAAUCUUCUAAUCAAUUUAUCCAAAUUAAUAAUGUAGAACCAGUAAUGGAUGAUCGCAAAGAACAUUUAUUAAGAAAACCUAUUAGCAAACAAAUACUUAGACAUUAUAGAGUAAAUGAUGUAAAGAGAUUUAAGUUUUCAAGACCAUUUUAUCGGACGGAUCCAAAAGUAAAUUCAAAUGAUGAUAAUGAAUUUGCUAACUUAUGGAUUGAACGUACAGUAUUGGAUACAACAUAUUCUUUACCAGGUAUCUUACGAUGGUUUCCAGUUAAGCAUUCUGAUACAUAUGAAAUAAGUCCUCUUAAAAAUGCUAUUGAGACUAUGGAAGAAACAAAUAAGUAUCUUAGAGAAUUGAUAAUAGCCCAUCAAAAUGAUUCUACACUGCCACUGAAUCCUUUGACUAUGAAAUUAAAUGGCAUAUUAGAUGCGGCUGUGAUGGGUGGAGUGACCAAAUAUGAAAAAGCAUUUUUCACUUCUGAGUAUUCAGUGAACCACCAAGAAGAUGAACAACUUAUUGAGAUACUUAAAGAUUUAGUGGCUUCUCAAAUACCAUUAUUGGAUAUUGGUGUGAAAGUACACAGUGCACGAGCUCCACCUUCCUUAACUCCUUUACAAUUAAGAUUUGAAGACUGUUUUGAAAAAAUGAAACUUCACAUUGAAGAAAAUUAUGGCAAAAAGACGUGUGAUAUUAAAUUUGAUAUAAUAAAAAUGAGAAGACAUACAACUGUAGGAAGUCGUUUUAAUGAAAAAAGAUAUUCAGGUUCAAGUAUUGGGUCCUCUGAUUUAAUUUUUAGAGGACAAAAUGGUAUAACUAAGUCAACUCUCAUGGCUACGACUUCUUUGUCUUCUAGUCUAGCCAUUUUCACUGGGCCUGUACUAGUAUCAGGAUCAAAUAAAUUUGGUACUAUUGGAGCACUUACUAGGAAAGACAAAAAAGAAAAAAAAAGACGUAAUAGAACUGUAUCGAAAAUCCAAUCAACAACAAAUGACAGGGAUUCAAGUAUUUCUAACAAUUCUAGCAAUAGCCAAUGGUACACUAUGUCUGAUGCAGAUACCAUUUCCUUAAAUUCUAUGAACAAUAAUCUAAGUGUGUUUUCUUCUCAAACACCCGUUAUUGAAUUACGGCAAGAGUUGACACCCAAAAGACCACUACGUUCAGAAGUGGAAAAAGAGAGACGGUUAAGUCGACCAAAUAGUGGUCAAUAUCAGUUUUCAAAGUUACCAUCUAUGAAUAGUCUUAAUAGAGAUUCUUUGGUCGCAACAGAUUCAACAGCAAGUGAUGAUGACACUCCUCCACCUCUACCUGCAAAAACCAGGGAAUCCGAUUAUUCAAAUCUCUCAGAUAAAGACAGUAUAGGCCUUCCAGAUUAUUCUAGUCCUGUUAUUGUUAACAGCGUUGCAUCAUUACCAUUGUUUAAUUCUCAAGAAGACAUCAGACCACCAACACCUCCUCCAAAGAAACCCCCAAUGAAAGAACCUAUUUAGAUAUAGUAUACAAUAGAUUUUUUUUUUUAUAAAAAAAAAUCUGGUGACCCAUGUAAAAUUAUUUUUAAUGAUAUUUUAAUUGAAAU